AUGCCAGCUCGCAUCCCCGAGGACAUUAGUUACAUGGGCCCAGACAGGACAGUCUGGCGACUCCUUGAGGACCUGCCGAAAGUGCUGGUGUCCAGCGGCGGCGUCCGGGCUGCUAAGGCGGGCCCCACGCGGCUGACAGCGGACGCGUCGGACCCAGGGCUGGGGGACGCGCGGCAGCGGACUCUGCGCGGACCUGGCGGCUUCCGGGCCACAGCGCUGUGGGAGCUCAAAGUGUGUCUGCUGGGGGAUCCAGGUGUAGGUAAAUCGAGUAUUGAGCGGCGGUUUGUGGAGGACAAAACAAUUAGACGUCCCGUUUGUCUGAAUGAUCUUGAAGAACCGAUGCAACUGAAAUGUGGAUAUACCUGCUGCCUCCAACGCGUCAGUUCGCUGCAGAAGGAGCCCCAUGGGGAAGGUGUGCUGUGCCCCUUAUGCCCUGUGGCCUCUCAGAAGAAUGACAUCAAGCCCAAGUACGAGCUGAGGGCACUGAUUGCCAUCACCAAGGAACGAGAGCCCAUGCGGAAAUCUGCUCUAAGGAUGAACCCAAGGAUGAGGAAGUUUCAAGUGGAUAUGACCUCGGACGUGGACACAGCCAGCAACUGUCUUACCAUUUCUGAAGACCCGAGGAGCGUCCGGCGUGGGGAUUUCAGACGCAGCAGGAGGGGACAGGCUGAAAGGUUCAGCUCCGCGCGGUGCGUCCUGGGGACCACUCGCCUCACUUCUGGCCGCCAUUGCUGGGAGGUGGAUGUGGGCACCAACAAAAUAUGGGAUGUGGGCAUUUGCAAGGAAUCUGUGAAUGGACAGAGGGACGUUGUACUUUCUUCAGAACUUGGCUUCUGGACUGUGGGUUCCAGAAAAGGACAGAUCUUUGCCGCCAGCACUAUGCCUUUGACUUUUCUCUGGGUGAGUCCCCAGUUGCAGAGAGUGGGGGUUUACCUGGAUGUAGGUAUGAGGUCCAUUUCCUUUUAUAAUGUUAGUGAUGGGUGCCAUAUCUACACAUUCAACGACAUUCCUGUUAUAGAGCCUCUGCGUCCAUUUUUUUCUCAUAAACGUGAAACUCAAGAUGAUCAGAGCUUCCUCAGCAUCUGUCCUGUGAUCAAUCCAGACAGUGCCAGUCCCCCAGUUUAUUCUGGGGAAAGGAAAUAA